CUUUUGCCAAAUAUACCGAAUGGGGCUAAGUAAAUCAUGCAUACAUCACCAGCUAAAACAUGACCCGACAUGUCUAGGAUUCCCCGGAAACGUGCUCUUUUUACACCCCUGUCCGGGCGGUUUUUCAGAAAUCGGCAAAUUGUCCCGGUUUAGUACUGCAAUCUGUAUGACCCAGGGCUGCAAGUUAUGGUGGAGCACCAAGUGAAGGAAAAAACAUCAAUUUCCAACAUAUGGCAGCCACUCAACUUCCGGAAACCAUUGGCACUCUGACUUUAAUAUUCACGAGAGAAGCGCUGCCUGAUUGGUCAGUGAACUGAAAACUCAAAAUUAAAAUGCUGAUUUAAGACUAGUCCUCUGGUAACCCUAUCCAAAGAUAGAUUAUAUAUGCAAGUGUGCCUGAAUGUCGCUGGUGAACCUCACACGGGGACAUGAGUCAGGCCUGCCCUACCCUUUCACUUUUUAUUCUUAUUACUAUGAAGCUGCGGACAGGAUUCCAGUCGAUGGUCACUAUUCCUGCGCAGUUCUGCAUUCACACACAUUGCCUUUUAAACAACACAUUUAUCUGAAAGUUACAGACUGUUUCCAUUGAUUGUAGUGUCAGCCCUGAAGCCUAAUUACAUAUCCUCUCCUGGUGCUUGAGCUACUAUUCUGCUGUCUUCGUUAUUCAGGUGUUUUCGCUGCCCCCAUUGUCUUCACUUCCAUGGUGUCUUUGUAACCCAGCUGUCUUCACCGGGAAACAGAACGGCUUUAUACGACCACGAGCGGCGUGGAGGAUGUGUCAUAGACCACGUGACUACAACUGCCGGGAUACGUGUUUCACGUGCUGAAGCCGGAAUUGCAACUAUAUUUCUACCAAAAUUCCCAAUGUAGUCGAUUCUGGUUUAUGGGGGGGGGGGGGGGGGGGGAUCUCCAACACAGAAAGCAUUCAUAAAAGAAACAUGCAGCCAGUCGAGUCUACAGAUAGCAGAGGACUGCGAAGCAAAAUGGAUGCAAGAGCGUUAAUAUCGAUGCUGUUCUUCAGCUCACUGUCAACAGGCUUUUCGACUGAAAUAAGUGCAGAGGGGGAUACCAGCGCUGCCUUUGGAGAAGAUGCAUCUUUUUCCUGUCACCUUUCGGACCCUAAAGGAGUUUCUCAAGUCACGUGGCAGGCAGUGAAAAACAACGUGUUGCAUGACCUGGCUACGUACAGUACACGAUUUGGGGAAAAUGUGAAGAAAUCAAAUAUAGUUUUCUCCGAGGCGUUGCUCAACUCGACCUCAAUUACCGUGAAGCGUGUCUCCAUGGCAGACGAAUGCUGUUACGUCUGCACCUUCCACGUCUAUCCCAGUGGAUCUGUGAGGGAGAAGAUGUGUUUGACCGUCUACGGAAUAUCCGACAUGUCAACGAAUCUGAUUCCUAUUAACAAGGAAACGCCGCAAGACGCGGUUGUGAUCAGCUGCUCGGCCACGGGUAAACCAGCUCCGGAGGUAACAUGGAGCAGAUCCGACUGGCAGGUGGAAAAAUGGGUGGUCCACAACGAGGACGGCACCGCCACCGUGUCAAUCAACCGGACACUCGAUAAGUCCGAUCUUAAAGACGAAUACGUGGACUGCGUGGCUGGCUCCAGAUUUGAACGUAUCUACCUUUUCAAUAGCACGAUUUUGCCAAGCCAAGGUGAGAUCCAUAAAGAUUUUAGCUAUCAUCCUGGAGCGGUGGCUGGAGUCCUGACGAUUCUGGUUUUAGUGGUCCUGCUUGCACUGUUAAUAAAGUAUGGUGCAAACCGGGAAAAAGGCUGUGCAAGAAGCUUUAUACAGCGAUGCCAUUGCUACUCUAUGGUGGCAAGUGAAAGGGAGAGCCAAGCCGCGGAGCGAUGUCUGCCCACCUCCUCAUGCCUUUCUGUAUAGCAGAGGGGGCUCACAUCGCGUGUGAUAGAAGUUAUCGCGAUGCGCUUCCUUUCAGGGAUUGAGACCCUUAAUGCCAGUGUACCUGAAAAGGGGGCAAGUUAGGACGAUUCCAAAGGCCUAUGGGUCGCGGGGGGUCCGGAGCCUAUCCCGGAAGCAAUGGGCACGAGGAUCUAAAGGCCUAUGGAUAUAAUAAUAACUGAAUUAGCCUGCUUUGCCCCCCCCCCCCCCCCCUUUUUAGUAUGCGUUCAUAUGGCCCAAAACCUCCAAAUGCUGACAUUGUACCUGAACAUAAAAGUGCUACCUCAGUAAGAGUGACGAUGCAAGAAGGCAUCAACUGAGAAGUCCCACAUGGGCAAACGAAGACAGAAAAUCCAGGAACAGCCCCACAUCGUUAAUAGGUACUGAUAGGCCUAUCAGGAGCUGUCAUUGUGGUUUCCCGUUGGCUAAAUGCUACUGGGAAGAAUCAUUAUCAUUGUUUACCGUGCAAUUUGUGUUUUCGCAUGUUCGAAUGUUUUUCUGAAAACUAUACCGUGUCAAUGUUUUUAGUCAAAACUAAGCUAUCGCAGAUGUGCUAUUUUUAAACGUUAUAUGAAUAAUGCAAAUGGGCUUUUAAAAUGAUUUGCUUCAUUUAUUGACCAAUAGAUUCGACUGUAAACUUAAAUGUUUACUUAUUUUUAACAAUUUAUUUAUUACAAAUUUGCUGGGUUGGUUUAAUGACCUUGCAGUGUUUCCUGUUACAAUUCCUUGCUUCAAUGUAACUUUAAUAUACACUGUCAGACAAAAGGGUCCAAUCUUGGCACAGUUUGCUACCCCAAGACACAGACAAUGUUAAUGUACCCAAAAUGGGACAAAAAUAUUCCUCAGAGUUCAUUUCUGUACCUUAAAAGGUACCUACAGCUAGGGUACAAAUGACAAUCCAUUGAGGAUACAGCCCCAGUGACAAGUAAUUGUACCCUUAGAGAUUGGUACUUUUUUCUGACAGUGUAUGUGACAUGUACCUGAAAUGUUUUUUUGCACACAAGCAAAGAUAAGGCACUUUAUAAAACCAUGUCUGGUUUCGUUCGUGAAUCUGAAAAUAACUCUACCUUGUAGCCAAUGUGUGUUUUAUGGCUUUACACUGUUCCUUUGACAAUUUCAUUAUCAGUGUUUGUAUUAAUAAUAUAUUAUAUUGUAUUCCAGAUAACUUAUUGGCAUUUAGAUAUGGAAUGUAUAUCAGUGUAUCAGUGUUCAUAUUAAAUAAAUUGUGACUUUUGUUUCACGA